UAUACGUUUUUGUGCUCUCGAAGCAGUCGGACGUAAAAAUAAACGCGCUUCGGCCAAACAAAAUAAGUUCAAAACCCGUUGACCAACAAAAAUCUCAGCGUAUUCGAAUUCCAAUUCGAUCAAACGAAUAUUCGGCUUUAAAAGAGUUAAAAAGAAAUUAAAACAGCCACAAAAUGUUCAGCUCGCUCACAGCAUCCUUGAAGAACUUUGGCGACAAGACGGCCAAUCUGUUCAGCAAGAAGAAGGAUGAGGCUGAGAAGCUGGCCAACGAGAAGGCUAACGAGGCCCAGAAGCUGGCCGAGGAGCAGGCCAAGAAAGUGGGUCAGUCGGUGCAGCAGACCAAGAGCGAGGCCGAGCAACUGGCCACAAGCACGGCCAAGGAAGCCGCUGCUCUGGCCAACGCCGAGGCCCAAAAGGCUGGCCAGGCCAUCGAUCAGGGUGUGAACCGGGCUGCCGGAGCUGUCAACCAAACCAAACAGGCCGUGGACAACACGGUGGCGCAGGCGCAGGCCGUGGCCCAGAACUCCAAGCUGGUGGCCGCCAACGUGGCGGAAGCCUCCCAGCGGGCGGCCGCCAACGCUGUCGACCAGACCAAGAAGGCGGCCAACGACGCCAUCAACAAGAGCGUCAAGGCCGCCGAGAAUGUGGCCGACCAGAAGCUGAAGCAGGCUGAGGGCGCCAUCGACGGAGCCCUGAAGCAGACCAGCCAGGCGGUGGACCAGAAGCUGCAGGAGGCCAACCAGUACGUGGACCAGAAGCGUCAGUCCGCCGAGAAGAGCAUCCAGGAUGCGGCCGGUCAGGCCCAGGAGAGCGCUGGACAGCAGGCCAGUGCCCUGCUCGGCAAGCUGCAUCUUGGCCAGAAGUAGAUACCGUAAAGAAAGAACUCCUAAAAAUAUCUUGAUGUGAAAAAUGCUUUAAAAAAAGAGAACAAAAAAAAGGAAAUUUGCUUCAAUGUAACGAGUGCCAGUAAUGUGAUUGCUAAAUCCUCAAUUGAAUAAUAUACACACACUCUAUAUUUUUGGAUUAUCUCGAGAGGAUAAAUACAUAUAUAUAUAUAUA